AGACUUCAUCUAUCUUUGCAGCAGUUUAUGCUCUUGACAUACGACAGCAGGAACACCCCUGUUACUGCAAGCUGAUUGGCUGAGAUCUGAUAGCUCCUUCCCAGUAACCCACAGUAUUGGGGGUUGGUUCAGGAAAGUGUACACAAAUGUAAUCGGUUAUUUAUAUUCUUCGUUAUCAAUCAGUUAUCGACUCCAUUGAAGAAUACAUCAACUUUAAGCCAGCGGUGUUUGUAAAUAUGCGCGCCGGUGUUUUGAUUUGAUUCUUCAAAACAUCAGAAACAAAACUCUCAGAUUGAGUGUUGGGGAAAGGACGUGUUUUCGAAUGUGUGGGGAUUUCAAACAACUGGGCAGAUUCAACGGAAGUCUGAAAAAACUCAAAAAGUGAGAGAUCUCGGGUAGUGUACUAGCUAGAGCUGGCACGGUACCGCUGGUAAUGGAAUGGAACACGCUAGACUUAAUUCGGGUUCAUGUAGAGAUCAUCUUGAAUAAUGUGUGCUUGUGAAAAAGGAUUCAUUAUGUGUGAAAAGUUGAGCAAGGAUUGGGUCACACAUGAAGAAAGUUGAAGUAAAGUCAAAAGAAAAGCUGCGUGUCCUGAUGACUCUCCCUUAACAAGAGCUACCAGGAUGCUAAAUCAUCACUGUCGAAGGAACCCGGAGCUGCAAGAGGAACUGCAAAUUCAGGCCGCUGUUGCAGCAGGGGAUGUUCAUACCGUGCGCAAAAUGCUGGAACAGGGGUACUCCCCGAAUGGCCGUGAUGCCAAUGGGUGGACCUUGCUUCACUUUUCAGCAGCAAGAGGCAAGGAGAGAUGUGUCCGAGUCUUUCUGGAACAUGGAGCUGAUCCCACAGUAAAAGACUUAAUUGGUGGCUUCACAGCCCUGCAUUACGCCGCCAUGCAUGGCCGGGCUCGGAUUGCACGCUUGAUGUUGGAGUCUGAUUACCGAAGUGACAUUAUCAAUGCCAAGAGCAAUGACGGCUGGACUCCCCUCCAUGUGGCAGCACACUACGGCAGGGACUCGUUUGUCAAGCUCCUGCUUGAGUUCAAGGCUGAGGUGGAUCCGCUCAGUGAUAAAGGCACCACCCCACUUCAGCUGGCCAUUAUCAGGGAGCGCUCCAGCUGCGUGAAAAUCCUUUUGGACCACAACGCUAACAUUGACAUCCAGAAUGGCUUCCUGCUGCGCUACGCUGUGAUCAAAGGCAACCACUCAUAUUGCCGCAUGUUCCUCCAGAGAGGGGCUGACACCAACCUGGGCCGCCUGGAGGACGGGCAGACGCCUCUGCAUUUGUCUGCUCUGCGGGACGAUGUGCUCUGUGCUCGGAUGUUGCACACCUAUGGCGCAGAUACAACUACCAGAAACUAUGAGGGACAGACCCCACUGGCGGUGUCUGGGAGCAUGUCUGGAGCUAGCCGGCCUUGUCUUGAUUUCCUGCAAGAAGUCACAAGGCAGCCCAGAAAUUUGCAGGACCUGUGCCGAAUAAAAAUCCGACAGUGUAUAGGACUUCAAAAUUUAAAAUUACUUGAGGACUUGCCUAUUGCCAAGGUCAUGAAAGACUAUUUAAAACACAAGUUUGACAAUAUCUGAGACCUGCAGAAUACUACUAUUGCCGCACAAGGCUGUUGCCUUCAUCACAGUAUAUCCUAUGCAAUUACUGAUUUUCAAAAAGAAAAUUCAGAGCACGGGUAUACCGUUUUUAUAUCAAAUGCAAAAAAUAAAAUAAUAAUACAGUCUUAACAUUGUUUUUGCACCCUAGGUUUACAGAAAAUAAGCUUUAUAUAUAACAACAACAAAAACUUUUGUAUGAAGGUAUUCUCGUUUUUUUAGCAAAUGUUUUGAGUAAAGUGUACAAACAAAAAAAAAGUCUAGCUGGCUUCUGAAUGCAAAAGAAAAGUGAAUUACUAAUGUAUCCUAAACUGUAUAAAAUACGCUCUUAAUAUUAGAAAAUGGUAAAUUGUUCUUAUUGCUGGCAUUUAAUAUUUAAUUAUAAAUUCAAUUUGAGUUUUAUUAUCUCAAUUGUGAGUGAAGCAUAAGGAUGUAAUAUCAUUGAUCGUUCUGUUUUAUAACACCUUUUUUUUUUUUUUUCCUCCUAUUAACACCUCUACUGUUGCAUUAGAAUUUCGGUAAAUUGGCAAACAGACAUUUCAAUAUUAAACGAGGAGGCUGUUCAAGGGAAUUUCACAAUACAACCAGAAGUCUCAUAGUUAUCGAUGACUUUAUUAAAUAAUCCAUGGUGAAAGUAGGAGAAUUUAAAAUGUGUAUGACAACGCUUUGUCAGUGAUCCAGAUAUCAAAACAAUGUGGAAUCAGGCUGAGCAGCAAACAUGAUCAUCUGUCUACACGCUUCAGAAUCCUAUCAAAUAUUAUGUUCCAAGACACUUAAGAGUUUUGUAUUUGAGACUUAAGAACAUUCGUUUUAUGUGGUUAUUUGGAAGGCCUAGUAUUCAUUGAAAUACUUCAUAUUCAGAAAAUGAUGUGUGCUCCUUCUAAGUUUGGAAUUGUUAGAGAACCGUCAGUGUUCGGAGAGUAUGCAUUUUAAGGAAGUGAUAUUAGUCCGGUCAUUAGCCCCAGACUUCAAAUUGUAACCAUGCAGUCACAUAUUAUUUCAAGAACAAAAAUAGGUUUGGACUCGCUCGUCUAGUGUCCACUCCCAAUGCAGGGAUAACAAGUUUCAACAGAUACAGUUCAGAAUUAUAUUUGAGGAUCAGCAGCAAGCAAGAAAGCCCAGGGAAAGCCCAGGGUACAAAUGGAUCAGCUGUGCUUGUGUGAAAACGGUAUAUGUUAUCAAAAGCAGGGAAGCAACUGGAUUCAAACAUUGCUAAUCAUCAUUAGCAAUCAACCAACUUAUUUACUUUAUACAGUUUAGAAUUUUUUUUUUUAAUUGUUUGUCAGUUUCGGUUUCCAUGUAUAGAUAAGACUUUGUUCCAUAAAAAAAGGGUUCCUGUAAAUAUUUGUUUUAUAAAUGUACAGCAGAUAUUUUUUUAAGAUUAUUUAAAUGCUACUGUUCUCAACUGUUAUCAAAGUGUAGGGAAACAAUGUUUGAAAGGUCUUGUGCUCGUUCUCAUGUGGCUUGUUUUGUGUCUGUUUUCACCUUGCGGAGGUCUUUGAAGUGGUGGAAACUAUUGUGUGCCAAUGGGAAUGAAUGAGAAGUCAUUCUGAUCCAUCUCCUGCCACGUGGGUGUGCAGGAAUAAAGAGAUCAUAAUAUACAUUCCACAUCCAAGAAGCAAAAACUGACAGCACCUGUUUCAUAAAUAACAUUUCUGUGGUUAAUUAUAAGAAGAUCCCUGCCUUCUGUUGAAAACAUGAAAUAGACAAGUAAUUCAAGUUUUCCACUUAUCAGAAAAAUGUAGUAUCAAAAUAAGAAGUUUAAGAAAAAAAAAAGCUUCUGUAGGCUUUUGUGGUACUAUGUUUUCGGUAUUUUAGCAAAAAAAGUUAACAUUUUGUUCAUACGAAAAUAUUUCCUUGCUAUUACAGUUUCGUUGUCAUUCUUAUUGGUUUUUAUACCUUCUUCAGUUUGCCAGUUUACCUUCAUGUCAUCCGGUACAUUUUUGACAACCUUUAACGCAAUCACACUUUCUCCACAAACUUAACACACCAGCACGGUUUCAGAUGGCUUUUUUCAGUUUUGCAGCUGCCAACAACUUACAGUAUGUCUGUUAAAUUGAGUCUGGAAUCUUUUUAAAUGUAAUCUUUUUAUUGGUAGCUAUAACCCAAUGUAAGCCUAGCAAGGUUUAACACAAUUAUUAAAUUGAUUAUUUAACUACAUUACAUUGCCCAGUAGGAUUUGUUUUUGUAAUGAUGCAUCACAUGUUAGAUACAUAUUUAAGUGAAAAUGGUGAAUAAUCCCUUUAGUCUUGUCCUGUUUCAGCUACUGUAUUUUGCAUUACAAUUGUGCAGGGGAAGUUUGUUGUUGGAGUUCAGUGUCUGGGUGUUUGCAUUGCUAGGUUGAAACCCCCGUUUCAGCGAGUUGGAUUCUUGAGAAUUAAAAUACUUUGAAAUCCUUUUGGAAGUGAACACUUAAUAUUUAUUUUCAUACUGUUAUGCUUGGCCACAGAAUAUGUAAUGAUAACAUACAAUGGAAUUGCUAUAGCUAUCAAGCGUGAACUCAAUAAUGCCCUUAAGAAAUAACAGCUGUGUAAAGUUGCAUGACAGAAACUAGCCACCAGAGGUAUCCUGUGUGACUUAGUCAUUUAAAAUAUAAUACAAAUAUUACUGAGAAUUGCUCGUUGAUUGCUAGGUUAUCAAAGCAACAACUUCCAACUUUAUGGUCAAAAUUCUUCAUUGAUCAUUUUUAAAGAGUACUGUAUUGAAGAUACUGGUUAUAAGAUCUCUACAAUACUUCCCAAACCCCUUCUUAAUUUUAAACACAUCAUUUCCUCUGUCUUAAUUUAAGAAGAAUAUUUCAGACCCAUAUGAGAAAUGUUUAAACAUGCUUGAAUCAAGGUGCAACAGUGGCUGGAUGUUUAUUAUUAUUAUUAUUAUUAUUAUUAUUAUUAUUAUUUUUUUUUUAUUUUAUUUCUGUAGGUUAAAAGUGGCACAUAUCUACUGUCAAAGACCAAUAAAUCACUAACCAAUAUUUCUUCCAGUCUUCCAGACAUCAUCUGCUGAUUUGUUGGGAUAAAAAAGUAAAACAGUGGACAAGCGCAACAUGUCAGCUGAUUUGUAAAAUGUAAAAAUGUGUGAAUUAAAAGGAGAAAGAGCUAUACUGUC